GUCGUCGCGUCACAACAAGUUACAUUAUCCCAUUUCGGUUUUUUUCCCCUCUCCUCCCCAUAGGCUGAUGUGGAGGAGAGGUGUUUGGUUUGAGCCUAUAAAAGGAGGGAUGGAGUGUGACUCUCAUCAUCCAGACUCCAGAGGUGGCGGCAUCAGCGUUAAAAUGACCAUUUGGUGCAACUCCUGCAAAUGUUAUGUCAGCUCUCCGUGCUCUUCUCACCAUCUGCCCGAGGAUCACCGCCGCUCGGUCUGCGGGAGGUUCAGAUCCACCAAAGGAGCAUCCAAAGCUCGGCGAGACCACAUCAAUCACGAGAUCAGGAAUAUGCGAGCUCUGCUGCCCAUCACCCAGGAGGACCAGGAGCGCCUCUCCUAUCUCCACUCCAUGGCCGCCAUCUGCACCUACAUCAGGAAGUCUGUUCUCUUGCAGGGGCUCUCGGCUGGGGACAGAUCACGCUGCUCUCUGCCAUAUGAGGCCUUUCUUCAAGCCCUGCACGGCUUCAUCCUGGUCGCCACCGCACAGGGCAGGCUGGUCUACGUGUCGGAAAAUGUAGAUGAAUACCUCGGCCUUUCAGUGGUGGAUGUGCUGCAAGGAGACACGCUGUAUGACAUGGUGGAGCGCUCUGAUGUCGAUAUUGUUAGGUCACACCUGGACUUUGAAAACAACUCAUCAUCAGAGAGGAGCUUUAUAUGUUGUAUGCAAACCUCCAAGGCCUUUAAGGUGCAGCACGGCAGCUGCUGCUCCAUGCACAUCAGAGGGAGCUUCCAGUUCUUCCAUCAGCCCUGCCCGUCCUCACCUGCAGCCUCUCCCACCACCGAGCCUCUGUUCGUGGCCCUCUGCACCCCCACAGCGAACCGCCUGAGGAGCACCGACUCUCACUUCUGUCAAAGCUUCAGCAGCACCCACAGACUGGAUAUGAGCUUUUCUCAGCUGUCAGACAGCGUUUUCUAUUUUUUGGGGUAUUCAGCGGAUGAAUUGGCCGGACGGUCGUGGUACAGCCUGGUCCAUCCUGAAGAUCUGUCGCUGAGUGCAGAUUCUCAUAAAAGUUUGAUGCAGGCAGAUGAAGGCUUCCAGGUAGAGAUGGUGCUGAGACUCCAGCGCACAGAUCUGUCAUGGACCUGGAUCUACAUUCGAGCUAACAAGGACUCAGAGUGUCAGAGCAUCAGCUGCACCAACUUCAUCAUCAGUGAAACAGAGGCCGAAUUUCUUCAAAAAAAAAUCAACAGCGAUGCCUUCAGGCCGUCAUCUCUGCCACAUUCCUACCAUUUUACUCAGCAGGCGCCCCACACUCAGAACAAAAACACAAAAUGUUUAAAAAGGCAGAGGACGUCUAACAGCCAAAGUGAGGAGCCGGGUGCCAGAAUGAGGAUGGAGUCUGAGCGAGACAUGUACUAUGUAAUGUGUGGCUCCUCCCAAGGCAGUAGCUCACCUGCUCCCUUGGGUGACAGCCCUGCUUUCUUCACACCUCCCUACAGCCCAGCCUCCUCCAGCUCCUCGCUGCCGCAGGACGAGCUCAGCCAUGACCUCCUGAUGGAUGUGCAUGAACGCACAGAUCAGCUGCUGUCCUCCCCUGAGAGCUCUCCCUCAUAUUACUCCUACCCAGAGGCAGGGCUCACCUGUCACCAAUCACCCUCCGACUCCCUCCCUGCAGCCGCUGAACAAACCUUUGACCAGGCGGCCUUCGGUGUGCUCAGUGCCCACUCUCCGCUCACCGCCUCAUCUCCGACCCAUGAUUUCCAAGCUUGUCCAUCUGAUGCUCGAUUAGUUCCAGACUGCCUGUCUGUGUCCGACAUGUGUGAGAGCCCUGUGGACUGUGCUCUGCAUCCAGACGAUUUCAGCCUCCUUGAGCAGCCACAAGGGGGCAGCCUCGUCCAACUGCAUCACGUUCCUCACCGUGAGUUGCCCAUGCUUUCCAGUCUUCUUGCUCCCACCCAAUCUGCCAUAUCCACAGAGUCUAACCAGUACAACGAGAUGGAACAGGCAGAGAUCAGCAUUCUGGCUCAGCAGAUCUCCUCCCUGGCCAGCAGCUUUGACAUGCACCACACCCUGAAUCCCCUCACAAAUGUGGCCCAAGCUGCAGCCACCAGCACCCUGCCCUCAGCCUAUGACUGGUCCCAAAACGCUUGUCUUCCCUCAGUCUCUCUGUCUAAGCUGGUGCUUGAUGACGGUGUGUUUGACAGCAUCCUGAAAGACUUCAACAUGGUCACAAGGAAAAGCAGCGUGUCCAGCCCUGGCAUCAUUUGCUACAGCUACCAGCAGGGCUUUGCGUGUGGUCGGAGUGGGUCCCGUGAGUCAGAGCAGCAGCCUCUUGGCCUCAUCGCAGAGAAUCCGCUGCCUGCAGAGCACUUCUCCACAGGCAGCAUCACCUUGGAUCCCUUCAGUUUGCAGAUGGGACACCACGGCCAAAACACUGGGUUGCAUCAACUCAACCACUACAUGCAGAGGAGUCUUCAGCAAGAUGGACUUGCUGAAGAGAAUCUGUACUGAAAUAAGUCUGUGACUUACUGUGCUACUACUUGUAUGACAUAUUGUCAGGGCGAUCAAUCUUCCUUCGCUGGAUUCAAGCAAGAAUGUGAGCAGAGACAUCUUUGCUCAGACACAGUUUCCCCAAAUGACUUAAUUGUGAAUGUAGAAAACAAACUAAAGUAGAUUCUGUCGUGUCCCAGCACCUCAGAACUGUCUCAACACUGCUGUCAGCUAAGAUUUAUGUUUGGCUGAUGUCUUAUAUUUUAUUAAAAAAGGUACUUUUAAAAAGUCACGACACUUAGACUCUGAAAUGAAAGUAUAUUUUUCUUCUAAUGCUGAAUGACCACAGUUUACUAUUGAGCACUUUAUCAAUGUCAUUACUACAAGAAUUUCAUAAAUGAGAGGAUAUGCUGAUUUAAAUGAAAAUCAUCCAAAAUUCCAAGCUACCAGGAUGAACUUUAACCCAUAAAUCAUUCCUAAUAACAAAAGCAUUUGUAAAUACUUGAUUUUUAGGUGCCUUAUAACAUGUCUAAAUAAUAUUGACAUUCCUGAUUUGUACUAGUGUCCUAGUUGUCUUAGUGUGCCAUUAAAGCUUUGAAAUGAAAAAACCUCAGUCAGCGAGCAGAAACUUAUGAUGAUGAUGAUUGUAAAUUCAGCACCUACCUCAAUGGUACAACUAAAUACAUUCCAAGUCUGAUUCAUUCAGUGUAUUUAUUUGGUUUGGAACAUACCGUCCUAACCUUUCUCUCACUUAAUUGUAUUAAAAUGUUUUAUUUAACUGCAGUAUGAGUCGUGAACUUAUGUAUAUUCACUCCACAUUUGUUUUUUCUUCAUGGUACUGGAACUCUGUAUUUUUGAAUGUGUAAUGUUAUUGUGUCACCUUUGUAAUUUGCUUCAGAUGUUUGAAAUGUAAAUAAAUGUAAUGAAAAACACA